AUGAAGGGGGGCAACGCAUCUUUAAAAAAAGAUAGCUACCCGGCCAAAUGCAACGAAUUAAAUAUAAGUGACAAGGGGAAGAUGUUGUACGAUUAUUUGUUCCCCCCCAAGGUGAAGGCUCCAAAGGAUGGGGGUACGGAGCAGGAUGCCCUGUCUGGGGACAAGCACAUGUCGUGCAAAACAUCGGAAGCACAAAUUAGGCACCACAAAGAAGUGCACACAGGAGGAAUGGAAAAUAUGGAUCACAAGAAGGAACUGAAGAAGCAUAUGAACCAGCUAAAAAUGCUACAUAAAAGAUUAAAAAGAAAGGACAAAAAUGCAUACGCUCAGGUAAAACCAAAUGGAGGCGAAAGUGUGCACGACACUGAUGGCACACUGGGAGAUACCCAUGCUAAGGGAGAAGAAACGAGUGAAGACAGCCUAGCCAAAUAUGUGCAAAACGAAAUAAAGAAAAACGAAAAAUUAAAUAAAGAAAAAAAAAGCUACGAAGAAAUUAACGUACUCGAGGAUAACUCAAAGAAAUUACAAAAUGAUAUUCAUACCUGGCUCCAGGCAGUAAAAAACAUAUCGGAAAAGACGAGCAAAUUGAAAGACAUUAAAACGCAGCUGCUGAACAACAUCGCCUCGUUAAAUGAGACUCUGACGGAAGAAAUUGAAAAUAUAAACGAGAUUAAAAAGUUGCAAAAGGAACAGAAUGAAAUAUUUUCGGAAAAUUGGCUCUACGUUCUGCCCUCCACGUCGGACAACUUGGUCAGAGAGGGGAGGGACGGCAAUUUUCAAGUGAUGAACUACUUGGAGAAGUUUAACAGGAGGAACGCUCCGCACGUGAGUGGUGAGCACGCGAGUGGGGAACACCCAAACGGGGAGCUUCCAAAAGAGGGCCUUCUAAACGGGGAGCUCCCAAAAGAGGGCCUUCUAAACGGGGAGCUUCCAAAAGAGGGCCUUCUAAACGGGGAGCUCCCAAACGAGGGGCUUCUAAACGGAGGGCUUCCAAACGGAGGGCUACCAAACGGAGGGCUUCCAAACGGAGGGCUUCCAAACGGAGGGCUACCAAACGGGGGGCUUCCAAACGACGGGAACGUUCGUAAGAUGCACGCGCACACCGACGGCGGGUCGAAGUCGUCCGACUCGCGCAGUUUCUGCAACGUGUUCCUCCUUCUCGCGAUUGCCUUUCUGCUCAGCUAG